UAAAAUGUCAGCCCCCAUGAUGUAAACAAUUGCAACACAAAAUUAUAGUUUUUAUGUCUGUUGAUAGGGUAGGUCUAUGAAACUAUGGACGAACUUGAGAUCACAAAAUCUGCUUCAAGAAAAGAAAUUUCAACUCGUGGUUCAUUGUCUGGAUUUCUGGACUCACUGAGUGUUUUCAUCAACAAACCACACGUGGUAAAUAGACGAUUGGUUGGUGGUAAAAUUAUUUAUGAAGCAACAAAUGAUGAAGUACAAGGAAAUCUGAAUAAAGUUGGACAGAAAUUUAUUUUACGGUUCACUAGUAAAAGGGAGACAAACCCAUUUAAUGAUUGUGUUGGCGAUGUAGAUCUGAAUAAAAAUAAUAGCCAGAAUUGUAUUAUCGUUCGAGAUUUGAUACCGAAACAAAUUGAUAAAUAUCCAACUCUUAGAGAAAUAGUACAAUAUGACCAUGUCAACAAGAAAGUGACAUUUACACCAAUUUGUAGAAUAAAUGUGGAAAAUGGUGAAGAACGAAUUGAGACAAACAUCGAUGAUGAGAUGAAUUAUUGUUUUUCUUUUCAACAGGGCAAAGACAACAGUAAAAUCUAUCUUGAUGUGGAAAGAAGAAGUGGUCGAGAAGAUGGUCAUGUGACUUUAAUGUGGUUAGAAGAGAUUUUAUUGGUGAAGAUUUCUCGAUGGGCGGAGGAAGAUAAACUACGAACAGGUCAAACGUCUUUACGUCUCGUGCAGGUGGAUGAAUACAAUAAACUAUACAACCAUUUAAAACAGAAAUAUGGACUCAAACUUGUCGAGGUCUGGCCUGAGCGAACAGAUCCACAGAAAUUUGUUUAUGAAGAUAUCGCCAUAGCAACAUAUUUAUUGUUAGUAUGGAAAGAAGACAGAGAAUUAAAGGGUAUAAAAGAGAAACAAUCAUUUGUUGAUCUGGGAUGUGGUAAUGGUUUAUUGGUGUAUAUUUUAUCAGCUGAAGGGCAUCAUGGUGUAGGAUUAGAUUUGAGAAAACGAAACAUCUGGGAUUGGUAUGGAUCUGGGGUUGAAUUGAAGGAAGAAGCUAUUACUCCAUCUGGUGAGACCCUAUUUCCUCAAUACGAUUGGUUGAUUGGUAACCAUAGUGAUGAAUUAACUCCAUGGAUACCAGUAAUGACAGCUAGAUCAUCGUAUAACUGCUGUUAUUUUGUAUUACCGUGCUGUCACCAUGAUUUUGACUCUAAGUUUAAUGAACGGGGUGUCGGUGAGAGUCAGUAUCAGACAUAUUUACAGUUUGUAAAGAAAGUGGGCGGAGUCUGUGGAUUUAAUGUUGAGGAAGAUACUCUGCGUAUUCCUUCAACGAAACGAGUGUGUUUUAUUGGUCGAACUAGAAGUUAUGAUAUCACAGAUGAACUUUCUAUAGAUGAACAAAGAACAUUGUUUAUAGAUAACAGGUGCUCUAAGGGAGAUAAUUCUGAUAAACCUUGUGACAAGGGCGAUAACCCUACCACUGUUGAAGAAUGUGAUACUAGUAGUAAUAAAAAAAGGAAAAUUGCAGAUAGUGCAGUAACAGACUCCAAUAAAUGGACUGAGAAAUUUCAACCGAGAUCUAAUAAAGAAAUUGCCAGGAACUGUCAAAGUGUUUCUAAGGAAACGAAAGAGAAAAUAGUACAUGUUGUUUUUGAGAAGAUUUUAUCUUGUGGUGAUGAUAAAGUAACAACGAAACAUGAAACAGUGUGGAAUAGAGGAGGUAGUUUACCACUGGCUUCAGUAGCUGAUUUAUUUUCUGGUGAAACUCUUCAAGAAUUAAAAUCUGAAUGUGGCGGUUUACAAACUUUAUUACGGAAUCAUAAUCACAUCUUUCAAGUAACUGGUGGAGUUGUUAGAUUACGAGAUUUAUCCAGCGAUCAUCCGUGGGGAACGAAGCCAAAACAAAAAAAUAAAACAAAUAAAAUCAACCCUGAGGAAUAUUUUAAAACAAUGCUGUGUUGGUUCCAUGAUAAUCAUCCAGAUGGUUGUCCACGGUUACCAGACAAUUGUAAAUAUGCUCAUGGACUAUCAGAACUACGACCCAAACCAUCUAAACAUUCCUGACACAGAUGAAUAUAAGAUAAAGAUGUAAAUUUUAUACUGUGAUAAUAAAGAUUGUAGGAUUUAUAA